AAGGUACUUCCGGAGUGCAGAGCGUCUACUUCCCGGCCUGCUCUUUUUUUUUUUUUUUUUAAUAAUACUUUAAGCACAAUAAAAUGGCGACGUCUCUGGGAUCCAACACGUACAAUCGGCAGAACUGGGAGGAUGCGGAUUUCCCUAUUUUGUGCCAGACCUGCCUUGGAGAAAACCCCUAUAUCCGAAUGACCAAAGAAAAAUAUGGAAAAGAAUGCAAGAUCUGUGCCAGGCCGUUCACAGUUUUUCGUUGGUGCCCUGGUGUUCGUAUGCGUUUUAAGAAGACUGAAGUGUGCCAAACAUGCAGCAAGCUGAAGAAUGUUUGUCAGACUUGCCUUCUUGACUUGGAAUAUGGUUUACCUAUUCAGGUUCGUGAUGCUGGACUCUCACUUAAAGAUGAUAUGCCCAAGUCUGAUGUUAAUAAAGAAUAUUACACUCAAAAUAUGGAAAGAGAGAUCAUGAAUUCAGAUGGCACUCGACCUGUUGGUGCUCUUGGAAAGGCAACAUCUACCAGUGACAUGCUGCUAAAAUUGGCACGGACCACCCCUUAUUACAAGCGCAAUCGCCCUCAUAUUUGUUCAUUCUGGGUUAAAGGAGAAUGUAAAAGGGGAGAAGAGUGCCCUUACAGACAUGAAAAGCCUACAGAUCCGGAUGAUCCUCUUGCAGAUCAGAACAUUAAAGAUCGCUACUAUGGUAUAAAUGAUCCUGUGGCUGACAAGCUUCUCAAGCGAGCUUCUACAAUGCCUCGACUAGACCCCCCUGAUGACAAGACCAUUACAACCCUGUACGUCGGUGGUCUAGGCGAUACUAUCACUGAGUCUGAUCUUAGGAAUCACUUCUAUCAGUUUGGUGAGAUCCGGACAAUAACAGUGGUCCAGAGGCAGCAGUGUGCAUUUAUCCAAUUUGCUACUCGACAAGCUGCAGAAGUAGCAGCAGAAAAAUCCUUCAACAAACUCAUUGUGAAUGGCCGCAGGCUUAAUGUGAAGUGGGGCAGGUCUCAAGCAGCCAGGGGGAAAGAGAAGGAACGAGAAGGGACUACAGAAUCUGGUCUAAAACUGGAACCAGUUCCUGGUCUACCUGGAGCUCUUCCACCUCCUCCUGCAGCAGAAGAGGAAGCAGCUUCUGCAAACUAUUUCAAUCUAUCUCCCAGUGGCCCUCCAGCUGUUGUAAACAUUGCCCUUCCGCCACCACCUGGCAUCGCGCCGCCGCCGCCACCAGGUUUUGGGCCACACAUGUUUCAUGCAAUGGGACCUCCACCUCCUUUCAUGAGGGCUCCAGGCCCCAUACAUUAUCCUUCUCAAGAUCCACAAAGAAUGGGUGCACAUGCAGGAAAACACAACAACCCCUAACCCCGCUGACUCCUUUCUUAUUUUUCUUUUGACAAGACAUUUAAAUUUGUAGCAUAUCACAUGCAGUUACAAUAAAUCUCCCUUUUUUCUGUGCACCCAGCACAGAUUUAAUCUUAUUAUUGUGUUUCACAGCAACAAAAACAGAUCCUUUGUAUAAUAACCAGAAUUCUUAACCGGGGGGAGAAAAGGGUGUUUAAAAAAAGAAAAAAAAGAAGCAUAGCUAUGAUUUUUUUUUAAAAAAAAACAAUUUUGCUAGAGUUACAAACACCGUACAUGUAUUCCAUUUUGCACACCCCUGAUAAGUCUUUUUGGCUUAUUGUUACUUUUAAGUCUGCUGAUUGCCAGUCAGUCAACAGUGGAACUGACCCAAACCUGCUCAGGUCUUGGACACACCUUCACAGCUCAGUUACUCUAUCACUGUUGAAAUUAGAUUCGGAUUCCUCCUUGCCCUGAGCUGGACUGGCAUAACGUAGAAGGUCCCAGCAGACUCCCAUCAAGAUCAUGCAGAUGGUGUGCCACUUUGUAUCAAAGCUGUUUCUGUCAUUCAUGAUCUUUGGCUGUAAUACAUGUUAUCGAAAUGUUGAGACAGCAGUUCUGCAUGCUUGCUAAUCCUCUGUUACAGAGGGAGCGACCUGGAGUAAAAGUUCCAUGGCCUUCAUUUGUUACUAUAACUUGUCUGGUUUAUUCCUGAUUCAAAUGUUUGAUUACUGAUGGUGGUUUUAGAUUUGUUUCAUUAUUUACUUUGUACCAUCUUUCUUUGCCCUUGGUCUGUAAUGUGUCUUAGUAAAGAAAAUCAUAUUUUUUA